CGUCCGCGAAGCGCGCUCCCGCUGUUGUGCUGUCACGAGCCUUAUCCGAGCCGUGGAGUGGAGGCUGGAGAAUUAGACCGGACAUUAAUUAUACAGGACAUCUUAUUUUUAACCAAAUUUAUUGCGCCACAAAGAGUGCGGGGCUACAAUAUCACAUCGCCGGUUGACAACUGACCCUCUCUACCGAGUUCUUCCGGUCAGUCGGGGAUGUGCUCCGGUAUUUGAAUGAUACAGCUAGCCAGCUAGCUGUGAAGCUAGUUUUACGGUGCGUGACUCGAAGUAACUUAACAUCAUAUUCUCGGAGGGUACUCAUAUUAACACGUUUGACCGCUUUCGCCUAAGGGACAUUCACGUAGCGGUGGGUUUUUUAACUUUGGCGAAUAAUUGCUGUUCGUGUUCCGCGUCGCUUCUAAUCCAGAUAAGGAUUGAAUGAAAUAACGUUAGCUCGCCAGUAGCCAGUAGUAUUCAGCGGAAACGAAGCAGCUAACGGGGAUAAAGACAACUUAUCCUGUCCCUGGGCGAUCUACCGCCAUCCACACGCCGAAUCUAGAAAAGGCCACCCACAAGGAUCCAGGUUAAACAGCCACAACGUGAAGUUGUAGCCAGGGACGGGGACGGCGAAGCGGCUAGCUAGCUACGACUAAACGUCAAGUUGGCCAUCUUCCACUUGGGUCCAGUGUGAACGGCUGACCAGUUUAUUUUCCACGGAUAAGGCCGGAGAGAGGACAGAAACCUGCAAACAUGCCGGCUGUGUCGAAAGGAGAUGGAAUGCGCGGAUUAGCUGUCUUCAUCUCGGACAUUAGAAAUUGUAAGAGCAAGGAGGCCGAGAUCAAGCGCAUCAACAAAGAGCUGGCCAACAUACGCUCCAAGUUUAAAGGAGACAAGGCUCUGGACGGCUACAGCAAGAAAAAGUACGUCUGCAAGCUGCUCUUCAUCUUCCUGCUCGGCCAUGACAUCGACUUCGGACACAUGGAGGCCGUCAACCUGCUCAGCUCCAACAAGUACACGGAGAAACAAAUCGGCUACCUGUUCAUCUCGGUGCUGGUAAACAGCAACAGCGAGCUGAUCCGCCUGAUCAACAACGCCAUCAAGAAUGACCUGUCCAGCCGCAACCCCACCUUCAUGUGCCUGGCGCUGCACUGCAUCGCCAACGUCGGCAGCCGCGAGAUGGCCGAGGCCUUCGCCAGCGAGAUCCCCCGGAUCCUUGUUGCUGGCGACACGAUGGACAGCGUGAAACAGUCGGCUGCUCUGUGCUUGCUGCGGCUCUACAAGACUUCUCCGGACCUGGUGCUGAUGGGAGAGUGGACGUCUCGUGUGGUUCACCUGCUCAACGACCAACACAUGGGCGUGGUGACGGCAGCCAUCUCUCUCAUCACCUGCCUGAGUCAAAAGAAUCCAGAUGAGUUCAAGACCUGCGUUUCCCUGGCCGUUUCCCGUCUGAGCAGGAUCGUGUCGUCGGCCUCCACCGACCUGCAGGACUACACCUACUACUUCGUGCCGGCGCCGUGGCUCUCCUGCAAGCUGCUGCGCCUGCUGCAGUGCUACCCACCGCCGGAAGACGGCGCCGUCAAGGGCCGCCUGGUGGAGUGCCUGGAGACCAUCCUCAAUAAGGCCCAGGAGCCGCCCAAGUCCAAGAAGGUGCAGCACUCCAACGCCAAGAACGCGAUCCUGUUCGAGGCCAUCUCGCUCAUCAUCCACUACGACAGCGAGCCGAACCUCCUGGUGCGAGCCUGCAACCAGCUGGGCCAGUUCCUGCAGCACAGAGAGACCAACCUCCGCUACCUGGCCCUGGAGAGCAUGUGCACUCUGGCCAGCUCGGAGUUUUCGCACGAGGCCGUCAAGACGCACAUCGAGACCGUCAUCAACGCCCUCAAGACCGAGAGGGACGUGAGUGUUCGGCAGCGGGCGGCAGAUCUGCUCUACGCCAUGUGCGACCGCAGCAACGCUAAGCAGAUCGUAGCCGAGAUGCUCAGCUACCUUGAGACGGCGGACUACUCCAUCAGGGAGGAGAUGGUGCUGAAAGUGGCCAUACUCGCGGAGAAGUACGCCGUGGAUUACUCCUGGUAUGUCGACACCAUCCUCAACCUCAUCCGCAUCGCCGGCGACUACGUCAGCGAGGAGGUGUGGUACCGAGUCAUUCAGAUCGUCAUCAACCGAGACGACGUGCAGGGAUACGCCGCCAAGACGGUGUUUGAGGCCUUGCAAGCUCCCGCCUGCCACGAGAACAUGGUAAAGGUCGGAGGCUACAUCCUGGGAGAGUUUGGUAACCUCAUUGCCGGUGACCCCCGUUCCAGUCCGCUGGUCCAGUUCAACCUCCUCCACUCCAAGUUCCACCUGUGCUCCGUGCCGACCCGCGCCCUGCUGCUGUCGGCCUACAUCAAGUUCAUCAACCUGUUCCCGGAGACCAAGGCCACCAUCCAGGAGGUGCUGCGCUGCGACAGCCAGAUCCGCAACUCGGACGUGGAGCUGCAACAGCGCGCGGUGGAGUACCUGAAGCUUUCUUCCAUCGCCAGCACGGACGUCCUGGCCACAGUCUUGGAGGAGAUGCCUCCCUUCCCAGAGAGGGAGUCAUCGAUUCUGGCAAAACUCAAGAAGAAGAAGGGCCCCGGGGCCGUGUCCGUGACAGAGCUGGAAGACAACAAACGGGAAGGCGGGGAGUUGAACGGAGGCGCCGAACGGGGGCCGGACACAUCGGCCAUGGCGGCGUCUAAUGCUUCUACCCCGUCACCAUCAGCAGACCUCCUCGGGAUUCGUUCCGCUGCUCCCCUCGGUGCAGCUCCGACCAGCGCCGGCAGCCUACUGGUGGACGUGUUCUCCGAGGCGGGGCCUGCUGCACCUUCUGCCGCUGUGAACGACGACGGCUUCCUGAGAGAUCUGGAAGCGCCCACCGAGACCUCCGAUUCCCUAUUGGUGGAGGGCUCUGGUGACUCGGACUCUGCUCCUCCCUCUGAGGAUCCUGCUCCUCCUCUGUCUGAGGCAGACGAACUUCUUAACAAGUUUGUGUGCAAGAACAACGGGGUUUUGUUUGAGAAUCAGCUCCUACAGAUCGGCAUCAAGUCAGAGUAUCGUCAGAAUCUUGGGAGAAUGUACUUAUUCUACGGAAACAAGACGUCGGUGCAGUUUGCCAGCUUCACCACCACAGUCACCUGUCCUGGGGAGUUGCAGUCUCAGCUCAACGUUCAGACCAAACCAGUGGAGCCGCUGGUGGAGGGUGGAGCCCAGAUUCAACAGGUCCUCAACAUCGAGUGUCUGACCGACUUCUCCGACGCGCCGCUGCUCAACAUAAAGUUCAGGUAUGGAGGAGCUCUGCAGAACCUGACGCUCAAGCUGCCCGUCACCAUCAACAAGUUCUUCCAGCCAACUGAGAUGUCCUCACAUGACUUCUUCCAGCGCUGGAAACAGCUUAGCCAGCCUCAGCAAGAAGCACAAAAGAUAUUCAAGGCCAACAACAGCAUGGACACCGAAGUACUCAAGGCGAAGCUGCUGGGACUAGGAACGGCCCUGCUGGACAACGUUGAUCCAAACCCAGAGAACUACGUGUGCGCUGGAGUGAUCCAGACCAAGGGCCAGCAAGUGGGCUGUCUGCUGAGACUGGAGCCAAACGCACAGGCACAGAUGUACCGCCUGACCCUGCGCUGCAGCAAAGACUCUGUGUCCCGGCGUCUGUGCGAGCUACUGGCCGAACAGUUCUAGGGUCCACACCUCCACUGGACCAGUACUCCCACCACCACCACCCCCCCCCCACCAGCGACCUCUAUCCCCACCGGAGCCCUCCUGCCACACUUCCUCCUCCUCCUCCUCCUCCUCCAACAAAGAAUCUUUGAGUUAAAAGAAAAAAGAAAAAAAAAAAGGUGUAACCUACAUAAGGGAAAAAGCAGCCGCUGCCAGCAGCAGCAGCAGCAAUAUUAUUGUCAUUAUUCUCGUCCCAGAUCCCGAUUCCAGUUCAUCUUCUACUUGUUUAUUAACAUUGAUGCUACAUUCUUGGUUUUUGUUGGUUUACCUGUGUAGCUGGUGUGUGUGUGCGUACGGCCAGGAGUGAGUGAGUGUGCGAGUGAGUGAGUGUGUGUGCGUCCCGUGGUUGUGCUGGGGUCUCAUUCUGCUCCAUCCCGACUGCUGCGUAGAACCGACGCUGUGUAUUUCUGUGUGUGAGAGGUGUGCAGAACAUUCCUCGAAGUCAAAUGGGAGAAACGCCCCACCCCUCCUCUAAAGAAAUGAGACCUGAGGGUUCAGAAAAUGCACUUAAGAUGUUGGGAUCCUCUCAGAGACCCUCCAGCAUGAGCCCACUCUUUCAUUUUUCCGUUGAACGGCCCCCUCCUGCGAUCAAAUCCCCCCCUUUCCCUCCUCCUACCUCCCUCCCUCCCUUCCCCUCCCACACACACAAUGCUUCAAUAUACUAGUGCGCUUGUUUAUGUUAUUGAUGUGUAUGUAAAUACGUGCCAGUGGACGACUUUAUCGCUUCCUGAGACAUUCCCAUAACGCUUUCGUUUAUAGAGCGCUGCUGAUUACUUAGCUCAGACAGGACGGACCCUGUGCGGGUGAAGAGGACAGGGGGUGAGACACGUCCCAUCCACGUCGCGGGGUCCAGGUUGAAUCUAAGACAGACGAUGCUGGUACCCGUUUUAGUUGAUCCAACUUGCUGCGCCGAGCCUUUUUUAUUAUUAUUAUUAUUAUUAUUAUUAUUAUUAUUAUCUUUAGAGCACAAAUCGACACCUGAUGGAAACAGAAGAGAGGUCAGUCUGAGACAUUUCCGCACAUCCAGAUUUUUCCCGCUCCUCCAACCAACCACGAUAGAGACCAAUGCCAAUAAAUCUGAUGUGUAACCAACCACUACAGUAUGUAUUCGUAGAAAACGGCUCGCCCGCUUCUUUUCCCGCCGCGCGCAUGAGCAACCGACGCCGCGGGAGAGGACAGGAUGUAAGACGCCCAGGUGUCCAUGGCAACUACAGGGGGACUCGUGUGUGUGUGUCUGUCUGUCUGUCUGUGUGUGUGAGUGUGAGUGUGGCUGGAAGCAGGUAAGAGGAAGGACAGAGAAAGAAGAAAUUAAAAAAAAUAAAUAAAAAAGAAAGCGAAGAGAAAAAAAAGAAGCCUAAAGACAUUUCUAAUACAUGAUCACAUUACAUUCUGUGGUUGCGCGGCAAUCACGGGACGUUGAACUUUGUAGUGGAAAACGUAGUCAUUUUUUUGUCAUUCUGUGAGUGUGUGUACGUGAGUUUGUGUGUGCGUGUCUAUGCAGUAUCCACUAGCUAAUGCAGCCUCAUGUAUCGGUGUUAAGAACCUGUCCAAUACCUGUGUUAGAAUUAAGAUUUACUCUGUAAUGAAAAAAAAAUGUGAAAGUAAAACUAUGCCAUAUAUCCGA